AUCCCGAAAAUUUGAAAACAACAUUGAAUUUUGUGACAGUUAUAAAGCAUUUAUGGACAAAAUUAUCAGUGAAGGUUACGCACAACAAGUUCCUAGUGAGAACCUACAACAAAACGAUGGACGUGUGUGGUAUUUGCCACAUCAUGGUGUAUUUCAUCCCAAGAAGAAUAAACUGCGCGUUGUAUUCGAUUGUGCAGCCAAGUUCAAAGGAACUUCACUAAAUGAUCAGUUGUUACAAGGCCCUAACUUGACAAACACACUUAUUGGAACUCUGAUCAGAUUUCGGGAAGAUGAGAUAGCUGUAAUGGGUGAUAUUGACAGCAUGUUCUACCAAGUGCGUGUACCUCUCCAGGAUGCUUCAUUUCUUCGAUUCCUAUGGUGGAAAGAUGGAGAUCCUUCGAAAAGUGUAACUGAAUACCAAAUGGUUGUGCAUUUGUUUGGUGCAACAUCUUCACCUAGUUGUGCCAAUUUUUGUCUUCGAAAAACAGCUCAGGAUUGGAAAGGAUAUUUCAGUGAAGAGACUGUUAACACCGUUCUCAAAAACUUCUACGUAGAUGAUUGUCUUAAAUCUGUCAAAUCUGUGAACGAGGCUGUAAUAUUAGUGAAAGACUUACAAAGACUUUUAGACAAAGGUGGUUUUCACAUUUCAAAGUGGAUAAGCAACAGUCGAGAUGUCAUGAACUCAAUACCUGUGUCAGAGAGAGCUAAAGAAGUUAAGACUUUAGAUCUAGAUCGUGAUACUUUGCCGAUUGAAAGAGCCCUUGGAGUCCAGUGGUGCGUCGAGUCUGAUUUCUUCAACUUCAAGCUGGAAUUGAACAAACAACCGCUUACCAGACGAGGAAUUCUGUCGAUGGUCAGUAGUGUAUAUGACCCAUUAGGAUUUUUGGCUCCAUUUGUACUCAAGGCCAAAUGUAUCCUUCAAGAACUUUGCAAGAUGCAAUUAGGAUGGGACGAUAGAAUUCCAGAUGACCUCGUAAUUCAGUGGAAUCAUUGGUACCAGGACCUCCAGAAACUAGAAGACUUCAAAGUGAACAGGUGUAUCAAGCCCUUUGGAUUCGAUCCAGUCAUUACACAGUUACAUCACUUCUCUGACGCAAGCGAAACAGGGUAUGGCACAGUGUCCUACUUACUACUGGAGAAUACAGACGGAGAACGUCAUUGUUCUUUCAUCAUGGGAAAAUCUCGUGUUACACCACUCAAACAGACAACCAUUCCAAGACUGGAGUUGACGGCAGCUACAAUAGCCGUCAAAACCAACAAGAUGUUACUGACCGAGCUAGACAUGCCCAUCGAUCGCGUUAUAUUCUGGACCGACAGUAUGGCAGUAUUACGUUAUAUUCAGAACAGAACGGCAAGAUUUCAUACUUUCGUAGCUAACAGACUAGCAGUGAUACAUGAAGGAUCGCAGCCAAGCAAUUGGAGAUACAUUAACACGAAAGUUAACCCAGCUGAUUACGCAUCAAGAGGUAUAUCGGCCAACAGCCUUAUCAUGCAAGAAAACUGGAUCAAGGCCCCUAGUUUUUUAUUGGAACCAGAGGAUCAGUGGCCCAAACAUCCAAUGGAGAUCGCUGAUACAGAAUUAUUGGACAAUGACCCAGAGGUGAAAAGAGUUACCAUCAGAGCAGUCAUCGCAGAACAACAGAAUUCAGACAAUUCUACAGAGUGUGUUAAUAAGUUGAUUCAACAUUAUUCUUCGUGGUACUUGUUGAAACGAACAGUGGCAUGGAUUUUGAAAGUGCGGAAAGAAUUGAUAAGGCGUGUGAACAUGAAAAGACUCAAUUCUAGUCCAAUAUUACAAGAAUCAUAUGAUAAGAGUGUUCUCUCGCACCAAGACCUUAAAGAGGCAGAGAAGUCAAUACUGAAAUUUGUUCAACAGCAAGAAUUUGACACAGAAAUCAAUGCUCUUGCAUCAGGAAACUCUCAUGUGAAUCGUAGAAGUCGAAUCAGGAACUUGGAUCCAUUUUUGGAUGAUGGAAUCUUACGUGUCGGCGGUCGACUACACCAGUCAAGUAUUCCAGCAGAGAUGAAACAUCCAGUUAUUCUAUCCAAAGAUCAUCAUGUGUCAACAAUCAUUCUUAGACAAAUUCACCAAGAACUGAUGCAUAGUGGUAGAAACCAUAUGUUGGCAAAGUUAAGAGAAAAGUAUUGGAUUAUUCAUGCUCCGUCAGCUAUCAGGAAGCUGAUAUCAAGAUGUGUUACAUGUAGACGAUUCAAGUCGAAAGUUGAAGAGCAGAAGAUGGCAAAUCUACCAAAGGAUCGUAUCGUUCCAGAUGAACCACCAUUUAGCAGAGUAGGAGUCGAUUACUUUGGACCGUUCGAAGUAAAACAAAAGAGAAGUCGUGUGAAACGUUAUGGCGUUAUAUUCACCUGCUUGGCAAGUCGAGCUGUACAUUUGGAAGUAGCAGCUUCAUUGGACACUGAUUCUUACAUAAAUGCCUUGCGUCGCUUUAUUGCCAGAAGGGGACAAGUUAAGAAGAUACGUUCUGAUAAUGGAACUAAUUUUGUUGGUGCCGAACGUGAACUUACCCGAUCCAUACAGGAAUGGAAUCAACACCAGAUUCAAAAGUCAAUGUUACAGAAGAAUGUAGACUGGCAGUUUAACCCACCAGCUGGAUCACAUCAUGGUGGAGUGUGGGAAAGAAUCAUUCGAAUUAUUCGCAAGGCCAUGAACAGCGUUGUAAGGGAACAGACCUUGGACGACGAAGGACUUAAUACCCUGAUGUGUGAAAUCGAAUAUAUGAUCAACGAUCGACCAAUCACAAAGAAUACAGAUCACCACUCUGAUUUGGAACCACUUACACCAAACCAUUUGCUCUUAAUGAAGCGGAAACCGAACCUGCCUCCGGGAGUUUUUGAUAAGGACGACAUCUAUCACAGGAGAAGGUGGAGACAAGUUCAAUAUAUGGCAAACCUGUUUUGGCAUAGAUGGGUACGGGAAUACCUACCGCUUUUACAAGAAAGACAGAAGUGGCACGAAAUCAAACGGAACUUGCAAAUUGGUGAUGUUGUGUUAAUAGUCGAUUCUAAUUCUCCGAGAAAUUCGUGGCCUAUGGGCAUUAUUUGUGAAACUAUCCCGGACUGCAACGGACUUGUGCGACAAGUUAAAGUUAAAACUGCGACAAAUAUUCUGAUCCGCCCCGUUGAUAAACUCUGCCGGAUUCUAGAAGGAGAUUGUUAGAACUGUUUGAUUAUUACGAACUUGUGCAAAUUUCUGUAUUAUUAUUUGUGAUCAUUGAAUGUUUGUUCAUUGUUGACAUUUUCUAGGAACAAUUGCUAGUGAAGACACAAAUUUGAUAAAAAACUAGGUUGUUUGUAACUUAAUGAUGUAGAGUAUUUUCGACGUAAUUGUGUCAUAUUCAUUCCACAAUUAGGGGGCUGGGUUGUUACCGCCAAUACUGCAAUUAGUCAUAUCUAUGCUGGUACUGCAGUUAGUCAUACCUGAUCUGACGUCAUCAGUUUUUGAGCUCAAUAUUUUUGUGUGUAGAGCCCGUGAACUUGUGUGAGGCGGGCUCAUGUCUUCAAUCAUUUUGUACUGAAUGUACUUUUCUAUGGAGGAAACUACUUAAUUGUAAAUCGUCAUUCGUCAUUCGUCAUUCGUCAUUCAUCUUAUAUGUUUUGUCACCCUCCAAAAUAAAAUAAAGACGCAUUUACAAAAGUACCAGUUUCCUCAUUUC